AUGAACCAAACGUCAUGGAGCCUAGUUCAACAGUUCCGCCAACUUUUGAAGACAUGCAUAAUUCAAAGAGACCUCUUAACGGGAAAGUCUCUCCACGCUCUUUUCAUCAAGUCCCUUAUACCACCUUCGACCUACCUAUCCAAUCACUUCAUCACCCUCUACUCCAAAUGCGGCCUACUCUCCGACGCCCGCAAGGCUUUCGACACCACCGCCAACCCAAAUGUUUUCUCCUUCAACGCCAUUAUAGCUGCUUAUGCCAAAGAGUCUCUGGCCCACUUCGCUCACCAACUGUUCGACCAGAUUCCCCAGCCUGAUCUGGUUUCCUAUAAUACUCUCAUCUCUGCCUAUGCUGACCGCGGGGAUACCCUGCCUGCCCUUCAACUCUUUAGGCGUAUUAGGCUUAUGGGUUUGGAUAUGGAUGGCUUCACAUUCUCUGCGGCAGUCAAUGCUGCUUCUGAUAACAACAGUUUGAUUCAGCAGCUGCACUGCUUGGCUGUUUUGGGUGGGUUUGAUUCAUAUGCUUCUGUAAACAAUACUUUAAUUACGUGGUACGGUAAAAAUGGCUUCAUAGAUGAGGCCAAGAAGGUAUUUUAUGGGAUGGAAGAAAUUAAAGAUGAGGUGUCUUGGAAUUCAAUGAUUGUGGCUUACGGGCAGCACAAAGAGGGAUCAAAGGCGCUCUCUUUGUAUCAAGAAAUGGUUCGCAGGGAUUUUAGCGUUGACAUGUUUACUUUGGCAAGCGUAUUGACUGCCUUUACAAGCAUGGAGGAUUUGUUUGGUGGGCUUCAGUUUCACGCUCAAUUGAUCAGAAUGGGGUUCCACCAGAACCCUCAUGUGGCAAGUAGUUUGGUAGAUUUGUAUGCAAAAUGCAGAGGUAGUAUCUUGGACUGCAGAAAAGUAUUUGAGGAAAUUCCUGACCCCGACUUGGUCCUGUGGAAUACAAUGAUUUCUGCGUGUUCCCAGAAUGAGGAGUUCUAUGAAGAGGCAGUCGCUUGCUUCAAAGAGAUGCAAAUGUCUGGUCACCGUCCUGAUGAUUGCAGCUUUGUUUGUGUGCUUAGUGCUUGUUCUAACUUGGCAUCACCUUCACAAGGGAGGCAAAUUCACGCUUUGGUAGUUAAAGCUGAUAUACCAUCAAACCUAGUUGCGGUAGAUAAUGCCCUGAUAGCUAUGUAUUCCAAAUCUGGAAAUCUUCAAGAUGCAAGGAAGGUAUUCAAUCAGAUGCCGGAGCAUAACAGUGUCACUUUCAAUUCAAUUAUUGCUGGAUACGCUCAGCAUGGUUUAGGAAAGGAAUCGUUGUUACUUUUCGAACAGAUGCUUGAAAGUGAUACGGCUGCUUCUAGCAUAACUUUCAUAUCUGUUCUUUGUGCAUGCGCGCAUACAGGAGAAGUUGAAGAAGGGCAGAAAUAUUUCAAAAUGAUGACUCAGAAAUUUAGGAUAGAACCAGAGCCAGAACAUUAUUCAUGCAUGAUUGACCUUUUGGGUCGAGCAGGCCAGCUCAAGGAAGCAGAGAAACUGAUUGAGACCAUGCCACAUGAUCCUGGCAGCAUUGGUUGGGGAUCAUUGCUCAGAGCCUGUAGAACACAUGGUGACAUGGAGCUAGCAGAAAAAGCAGCUAAAAAGUGUCUUCAGCUGGACUCUUCAAAUGCAGUUCCAUAUGUCAUGCUUGCGCACAUGUAUGCCAGUGCUGGCAGAUGGGAAGAAGUUGCCAAAGCUAGAAAACUAAUGCGAGAUAAGCAACUAAAGAAGAAACCAGGGUGUAGUUGGAUUGAGUUGGACAAGAGGAUCCAUGUGUUUCUAGCAGACGAUAGUUCGCAUCCAAUGAUAAAUGAGAUAUAUGAUUUUUGGGAAGAGAUGUCAAAGAAGAUGAGGCAAGCAGGUUAUUGGCCGACUGUGAGGUGGAAAGGUGAAGAAACAGCUAGGCAGGGGUAUCACAGUGAGAAGCUAGCAGUUGGAUUUGCUUUAUUAACAACUAAAGAAGGUGAUCCAAUACUUGUUGUGAAAAACUUGAGGAUAUGCGAGGACUGUCACAAUGCAAUUAAAGUUAUCUCUACCAUAACUGGGAGAGAGAUUACUGUUAGGGAUUGUUACAGGUUUCACUUCUUCAAGGAUGGGCAAUGUUCAUGUGCCGACUUUUGGUGAUUACUUUUCUGUCAAGGAUGGAAGAGCUAGUGUUGUGAGGAGUUCAAGGAGAUUAAAUCUGCUACUAUUCUACUAAGCAAACAUUUACUUGGUGGAUUCCAUGUAUACAGUACACUGCAAAUCUUGCUAAAAUGACCCUAUGACAUGUUUUCCAAUGUCACCUCUCCAUUGAGUUCACAUUGGUGCUGGAUACUUCCGUAAGUUUAGAAGGCUCAAUUCUGGCAGUCCAUCCCCGAUGGUGAAGUUGCUAAAACUUUGUAAAUUCAGAAAGACUCUUUUCAUCUAUUGUAACUUGUUAUUGGCAUGCUAACAUUGGAAGUGAAGCGAAU